CGUCUUCUCCACCUAAUCUGGGUGCGAUGAAGUGCUCCAAAGCAUGCUAUAUUCGGAGGAAUGAUAGUUUCAUCCAACUUUUUCAUCCAUAGUCGUUGUGGCUUUUGGACGGAUUUGGCCAGUUUGAACUUCCGCACUACUGUUGUCGGCGUUCCUCCGAUGCUGUGAUCGUUUCAGGCCAACGUUUUGUUGCUUCGCAGAGCUUCAAUGUCAGCUGAGCAUGGAAACGCGGGAGAGGAUCUGGAGGCUGUAGUUGUAGGAUCUCUGUGGCUGUGUGACCAUCAGCUUUGGAGAAUUGUAACGUGGAGUGUUGUGAUGGCAUUGGCGUGAUUGUUUUUGGUGAGGAUUGGAGCCUAUGGGUUAUCGCACCCUUCAAGCUCCAUUUCUUGAGGACUCCAUGUCUGCAUGAUGUGGUGCGAUGGGUACUUCAUUUGUUAGGAAAGGUGUCUUUUCAGAAUGAAAAUGCAUGCUUGGUAGCAGCAGGUACCAUCUCAGAGACAAUGGAGUGGUGUGCUCUGCUUCGCAUCUUUCCUUUACUUGGCAGAUCAUUUCCGUCAGUUUUUCUGGCUAUCUGAUGGGAUAGACUAUGUUCUGCAGAGGAUGUGGUCAUAUGAUUUGGAGAUUAUUUACUCGAUAUCAUAGCAUUGAGUGCACCACGCAGGAGGUUUCACGAUGGGGUGUACAACGUCCAGAGAUAGAGGUAUCUCAAGUGGGGACAAGGAGAGAUUUGGGAGUAGGAGGAGGUUGGGCAAAAGCAAUUCUUACACACCCUUAAGAUCCUCAAACCCACGUGACUUGCAUUAUGAUUACCAUAUUGUGGCACUAACUUCGAGCACAUAUGGCCUUACAAAAUUAUUGGAGGCAGAGAGAAUGAACGAGCAUAUGGUACCUCUCACCGAAGAGAACGAAUCUGGCGAAUUGCAAAUGCUUGGUUACAGCAAGAUGAGGAAGUCGGACUCUAUGUCUGGUCGUGAGAGGGCACCAAAAACCUGGGCUGACAUGGCUAUGGGUUGCUCGAGGUUCAAGUCGGAGCAAAUCAGAAAGGACCAAACUGAUCCUAAAUCCUCGCUUCUAAGACAGAUGGAGCCCUCUGAGUCCAGCGAAACUGAGAUAGUCAACACAUGGGAGCUUAUGGAAGGACUAGAUGACAACGCCCCUCUUGUAUCGCCUUUGUCGACAUCCACAAACUCUACCAAACAAAAUGACAUGGUGUCCAUAACGGAAGUCCCCCCAGGAUCCAUUGUAAAGACUCUCUCUCGAUCUCGAUCCGCCUCGGCUGUCGAUGGGCUCAGGAUGCUGAGUAAGGCAGGAAUCGUUCCUGACCUCUUCUGCACGGAUUCGACAUCCUCGAUAACGCAGUUUUUGACGAAGCAAAGUUUUGACUACAUAAGUAGGGGCAGCAUGGAUUUCUCCCAGAGAUUCAGCGGCCCACACAGCAGUGCAGAUUUACCGAGUGGGCAAGUUAUGGGAUUUCCAUUGCAGGAUUCUAGGUGUCUACGAACUGUUUUCCCUACCAUUCCAAAUGGCGAGGUUACUGGUAGCAACUUGUUUGAUCCGGAUAUUAUAGCUACAUUUCAAGAUGCAAUGGACAAGACAGCUUGGGAUGACGAUUGGUGUCAUAUCGGCAGCAAUGAAGUUCAGGCUCUGAGUUCAAUUAAAACCAUUGAUAACCAUAUUCUAAUGCAAUGGCCGAGUAGUAAAAAGAACGAUUUUGGCUAUGCAUCUGGCUUUCAUGAGAGUACUCUGGCGGACUCGCGCUUUGGGACAUUUGGGUCGGACAGGACGUCGUUUGCGAAGGUUAUUCCCGUGGGGGUUGAAAAGCCGAGAUUGCAUGUGAUUGUGGACUCACUAUGGAAAUACGAAGAGAAAUGUCCACCCGGUGGAGAGCAUAGAGUGGUUCUUUAUUUGACCAGUUUGCGAGGAAUAAGACAAACUUUCGAAGACUGCCAGCGGUUGAAGAUGAUUUUUCAGAGCUUUCCAAUUUGGAUCGAUGAGCGUGAUGUAUCCAUGCAUGCGGAGUUUCGACAAGAACUGAAGUCCCUGUUUAGUGAGCCUGCCAUGGUUCCACGUGUAUUUAUUAAAGGGCACUACAUUGGUGGGUUUGAUGAAGUGCGGCGGCUUCAUGAAGACGGAGAGUUGGGUGAGCUCCUGCAAGAUUUACCUGCUGUACCUUUCAAACAAGCCUGUGAUGGGUGUGGUGGUGUCAGAUUUGUUCCUUGUCCGGAAUGCAAUGGCGGUUGCAAGAUCAUCACUGCUUCUAACGAGGUCGCACGCUGUCCUAAUUGCAACGAGAACGGAUUGAUUAGAUGUCCAGUAUGCUUCUGAACACGUGCAUAUCUGGCAUCAGCUGGUCCCAUUUUGCAAUCUUAGAAUGCGUUAAUGUGAAUAUUAUUGAGAAUAUAACUAGUUCUAUGAUUUCAGUAAGAUGGACGAGACACAAUUAACCUUGCCCAUACAUUGUGGGUGGUAUAUAGUAUUCCAAGUGAUGAAGAAAACAGUCUAAAUGAACAAGUACAGUACAUGUUUCAUCACUUCUCUACUUAUAUUUGUGCACCAUAUGUUUCAAUAGAUUUGUUCACCACUUGGCAUUUUGAUCUA